CUUUUUCGCAAUGGCUGGCCCCAAUUCGUACUUCGUCCCCGGUUAUGGCAUCUCGAGAGCGGUGAUACAAAACGAAAUACAUUAUUACUGUGGGCCGGACGCAAUUGUCAGGCCGUAUACCCAUCAGGGCCGCGACGGUUUCCUUGUCACGACUUCCGGGCCUCCGUUAACAAAGGCGCAAAUCGAAGAUCUCAAGCUUUCGUCGCAAGAGUACGAAGAAAAGCAAUCGCGGGUAGCGGAUGAAUCGCACGUCUUCGUCAACCAGCCCGUCCCGGUAAACCAGAGGAAACGAAGGAGCGGUUGACUCUCGACUU